GUCACCACCUCAGUAUCACACACUGCAUCACACCAAAACAACACAUUCUUACCUUUUUACACCUCUCUUUCUAUCUUCUCCAUUUUGCCACUCAUUCCAUAAAGAAACAAAAUCAUCAUCAUCAAGAUAUUAACCCUUUCAUUCACCUUCUAAACUCUCAUAUGAUAGUUCAAUAAAAGUUCUAAACUUUGAGAGCCUCACAAAAUUCUCUGUGAAAUUCAAAUUAUGCUAUGGAGGCCCUCAAUUCUGCUGUUUUCACCCCCCUUUCUGUGCUUUCUGAUAGAACAAAAAACCCCACAAAAAUUUCAUGCAAAGUUUCAAGCUUUUCCACUUCAAUCACCAGAAAACACAACCUAAAAGAGUUUUUAUCAAAGGGUUUACAAAAGGGUCUAAUCCUUGCAGCAACUUCAGUUGUGAAUGUUAAUGUUAAUCAUGGUGAAUUUGCCAAAGCUUUAACAUAUGAAGAAGCAUUAGGACUAUCUCCAAGUGCUUCAAACUAUGGUGGUGACAUUGAUGUUAAUGGUUUUGUAGAGAGUGUGGUAGGCUUUGCAACUGAGAACCCUGCAAUUCUAGCUGGUGGAGUUGCUAUUUUGGCAGUUCCAUUGGUUUUGUCUCAGAUUUUGAAGAAACCUAAGCCUUGGGGAGUUGAAUCAGCUAAAAAUGCUUAUGCUAAAUUGGGUGCUGAUGGGAAUGCUCAGUUGCUUGAUAUAAGAGGUUUGUCUGAGAUUAGGCAAAUUGGUGGCCCAAAUGUGGGGGGUUUGAAGAAGAAAUCGGUGUCCAUAGCUUAUAAAGGUGAUGAUAAGCCAGGGUUUUUGAAGAAGCUUUCUUUGAAAUUUAAGGAACCAGAGAAUACUACAUUGUUCAUUCUUGACAAAUUUGACGGGAACUCUGAACUGGUUGCAGAACUAGUCACCCUUAAUGGAUUUAAGUCUGCUUAUGCAAUUAAGGAUGGCGCAGAAGGACCACGAGGAUGGGUGAAUAGCGAUCUUCCUUGGAUUGAACCGAAGAAAGCAUUGAGCUUUGAUUUUGGAAGUCUCACAGAUACUAUCAAUGAUGCAAUCGGAGAAUCUAAUGGCUUGGUUGUUACUCUUGGGAUUGCUGCAGCUACUGGAUUGGGUGCAUUAGCUUUUUCUGAGGUAGAAACAAUUCUCCAACUGGUAGGAUCUGCUGCAAUUGUUCAGUUUGCAAGCAAGAAGCUUCUUUUUGCCGAGGACCGGAAAAAAACACUAAAACAAGUUGACGAGUUCUUGAACACCAAAGUUGCUCCUCAGGAGCUUGUUGAUGAAAUAAAGGACAUCGGAAAGGCUCUUCUACCAACCUCCACCAACAGCGGUAAGGCUCUUCCUGCACCAACAGAAACUGUUCCAGAGCUCGCUACAGCUAGUGCCACCAAACAGAAAGCAGAAGUUACCCCCGAAAUUGUCGAGACCGUACAGAAAGCAGAAGCUACUCCUCCCGACGUUAUCUCCGAGACCAAAGUAGAAGCAGCAGCAGAACCUGCUCCGGAAAUAAACUCAGUCCCAAAAACUGAAACUGUGGCAGAAUCAAUUCCGGUGCAAGCAGCAGCAGAACCUGCUCCGGAAAUAAACUCAGUCCCAAAAACUGAAACCGUGGCAGAAUCAAUUCCGGUGCAACCUAAACCGCUCUCACCGUACCCAUAUUAUCCAGAUCUCAAACCUCCAACAUCUCCAUCUCCUACACAGCCCUAGAGUGAAGAGAAUCCUAUAGCAGGCAAAAUAGUUAUCCAAAAUAUUCAGCAUGUAUUCUUGUUAUUUGUGCUACUCAGUAGUCUUGUUUCUGUUAUUGAUCUCUGUGUUGUGGAGGUAGUUGUACUAUUAGUUGUUAUGUUGUGAUUUAGUAUCAUAUUACAUCAUUCAGUUUUGAAUAAGCAAAUAAGGUUUCAAAUGUGCCUUUGUAAUGAUUCAUGAAGUUUGGAAUUAGUAAAGCAUUGAACUUUUGGUUGUGUUA